AUGCUGCGCAGCGGAGUCAUCGAGCCCGUCGACACUUCCGAGUGGGCCACGCCCCUAGUGCCGGUAUUAGUUAGCGCAGAAGUGUUGAUGCAUUACGAUCAAAACAAACCCUUGAUUCUUACGACAGAUGCGAGUUCGCGCGGCAUUUCCGGCGUGUUGACCCAACCCUGUGCCGGCGCCGGCGCCGGCGCGCGGCCGGGCGCGGGGGCGGAGCGGCCGGUCGCCUAUGUCUCGCGCUCGCUUAACGACGCGGAGCCAUUUACAAGGAGUUACGUAUGGUGGCCGGGCGUCGAUGAGGCCGUGGAGGCCAUGUGUCGCGCGUGCACGGUGUGCGCGGCCGAGGCCGACGCUCCGCCCCGGCACGGGCCCGCCGCGUGGCCGUUCCCAGCGAGAGCGUGGUCCAGGGUGCACACGGAUUUUUUAGGCCCUAUAGAUCCAUCAGCUUUACUCUUACCACAGGGCAGACCAUCGGAACAAGGGAGCACGGCUAGAGAGGCUGCACCCACUCCAGGGACACCGCCAGACACCCCGGCGCGCGAGGUCAUUACACCCGGAAGCGCGCGACACAGUACACCGCCAUCACCUACCGCUGGCCCCAGCAGUGACCUCCAAACGUCGCCCUUGCCGCCUCAGGAACCGCCUCAACCCCGCCAUAUAUUUUUUGUAUUGCUAUGUUAUACUUUCUUUGUAUUCAUAAUAUACAUGAACUGGUCUCAACAAUUCAACUCUGAACUCGAUGAACAAUUAAUAAUCCAAAAAGCUUUGAACAAUCGCGUUCUGGAUCAAUCUUUUCCAAACCAAUAUACCCCUAGAAUUGAAAAUACUGCUCGUAAAUUUGACCGUAAUGGCCUAAAGUAUAUAUUGCUUUGGACACCAAAAAACUCUUAUCCGUUCAGCAAUUAUGGAACAGGACGAAUCGUAUUUAUUAGGAACAAGUGUGAGUUUACAAAUUGUUAUGUGACUGCUGACAGACGAUAUUUCAAUGGAGACCUCACAAAAUUCGUCGCCAUAGCUUUUAAUGGAAGAAACUUGAAAUACGUAAAAGCGUCAGAGCUGCCCCAGCAACGAUCGCCUCAUCAGAAAUACAUCUUCUUCAACACAGAGUCUUCUGCGAACCAACCCAUCUGCAACCCUUGGUGGGACAACUUUUUCAACUGGACAUCCACUUACAAGCUGAAUUCUGACGUAAUAUACUCGUAUAUUCAUAUAAGGGAUAUGAAUGGCGUACAUGUUGGACCUCGAAUAGACAUGGACUGGGUUAAAGAUAUGAAAAAAAUUGACGACACGUUCAAAGAGAAGUUAAAAAGUAAGAAAAAGGCGGCAGCUUGGUUUGUAUCUCACUGCAUCACUAGAAGUAAGAGAGAGAAAUAUGUGAAGUCACUUCAGAAGGCGUUGCAACCUUAUGAGUUGACCGUAGACAUAUACGGAAGAUGUGGUACGUUAGUUUGCAAUGAGUUGGAGCAAGAGAAGUGUUGUGCUACGGUGUCCUCUCAUUAUUACUUCUAUCUUUCCUUUGAGAAUGCCUUCGCGGAGGACUACGUGACAGAGAAGUUGCUGGCCGCGUUGAAUAAUGACGCAGUGCCGAUUGUGCUAGGAGGAUCCAAUUACACCAGGUUCCUCCCGCCUGGCUCCUACAUCGACGCCCGUCUCCACGAGCCAGAAUCCCUGGCCCACGUCAUGGCGGACAUCAUAGCCAACCCGAGCAAGUACCACGAGUUCUUCCGAUGGCGGAACCACUACAAGUACUCCGAGCCAGAACAAAAAGAGGACGUGUGCAACUUGUGCUCGGCGCUCAAUGAUGAGAAUAUAGUGAUGAUGGAGUCCACGUAUCCUCAUUUCAGGAGUUGGUGGAAUCCGGACUGGGAAGAGAGAUGUCAAGAUGACAAUUGGGACACUUGA